GUAAAAUAAAAAAAAAGGACGGAAAGCACAGUAGUUGCAGUACAUUAACAAUCCUGCGUGGUGCCCAGGUGUGACUAGUUCUAGCAGAAGUAGGGUUUCCAUUUUCCGAUUCCUAGUGGGAUAGCAGAAGCGAGCACAGAGGGAGAGAGUGGGAAGUUUGAACCCUCCGUGCGUCGACGAUGGGGAGGGGAAAGUUCAAGGGCAAGCCUACAGGUCGAAGACACUUCUCUACUCCCGAAGAGAUGCUUGCUGGUACUUCCACUCGUCCUCGCACUUUUAAACAGGCAGAAGUUGAAGAUGUGGAAGAAGAAGAAACUGAAGAAUCUGAAGAGGAAUCAGAAGAAGAACCCGAGAAGCGAAAAGGAACUCAGGGUCUUAUCGAUAUUCAGAAUCCUAAUCUGGAGAAACCAAAGAAUUUGAAAGCUAGGGAUGUUGAUCUUGAGAAAACGACUGAACUAUCUAGGCGUGAAAGGGAGGAGAUAGAGAAACAAAAAGCUCAUGAACGAUAUAUGAGGCUGCAGGAACAAGGAAAAACAGAACAAGCAAGAAAAGAUUUAGAGCGUUUGUCCAUGAUACGCCAACAGAGGGCAGAGGCUGCAAAGAAACGUGAAGAAGAGAAGCUUGCCAGAGAACAGAAGAAAUCUGAGGCACGCAAGUGAGGUUGCCAACAUGAUGGAAAGCCUCCCCAAGAAGUUGUUCCACAACCGCAACAAGAAACAUUUUAUUUAUGUUAUCUGAUUGACUAGUUGGUUUAAUUAU